AUGUCGUGUAAUAUAAGCUGGGAUUCCUUUGAAGAAGGAUCGUUUCUUGCCUGGUCAAAAGAAUUACUUUAUGAUGCUUUAAAUUCAGGUAAACGUCCUCAUAUCCUUUCAUCAGAAAUUAAAAUUAAAGAAUUGACAUUUGGUAAACAAUCACCAAGUUUUGAAAUUUUAGAAAUUGGAGAUUUAGCAAAUGAUAGAUUUAGAGGUAUUUUUAAAUUAAAAUAUGAUGGUGAUGCAAAUAUUACAUUAAAUACAAAUAUUCAAGCAAAUUUAUUAAAUAUUUAUGAAAGAAAUUCUCAAGAAAUUUCUCAAGCAAGUUCAUUUGCUUUACCAAAUUUUAAAUUAGCUUCACAACCUUUUUCAUUACCACUAAAUGUUACAUUAUCAAAUAUAAAAUUAAGUGGUAUUAUUGUUGUUGUUUUUUCAAAAUCAAAAGGUUUAACUUUAGUUUUCAAAAAUGAUCCAUUAGAGAAUAUUAAAGUUAGUUCAACUUUUGAUAAUGUACCAGUUAUUGAAAGAUUUUUACAAAAACAAAUUGAAAAUCAAAUUCGUGAUUUAUUUAGAGAUAUUUUACCAAGUGUUUUACAUAAAGUUUCACAAAAAUGGACUACAAAUAAUAUAAUUAGUCAAUUACAUUCCAAAAUUAAUGAACAAAAUAAUGAUCAAUUGAAAAAUGAAAGAAUUUCAAUUUUUGAAAUUAAUCCAUCAGAACCUGAAUUAUCACCAACAAAUAUGUUAAAAUUAUCAACUUUAAAUACUUCAAGACAAAGUUUUAGAUUAUCUAUACCCCCAUUACAAGAUGUUAUUGAACGUCCAAUGUUGUUUAAAUUUGAACAAAAAUCUAAAUCUUCAUUUGGUGAUAAUUUUGCUAUAAAUACUAAAAAUAUACCAAUUGAAUUAUUAAUUAAUAAAUCAACAAAUAAUGAUGAUUAUCAAAUUAACUCAACAUUAACUACAAUUUCUAAAAUUCAAUCAAAAUAUUAUUCAAAUGAAAAAAAUAAUAAUAAAUUGAAAAGAAGAAGUAUAAAGAUGAAUAAAAAGAGUAAGAAAUCAUCAUCAACCACAGCUACAAAUUCUGUUUCAAUGAACACUGAAGAUACAUUAGUUGAAGAAAAUUCACAAUCUCAACAUGAAAUAACAAAAGAUGAAUCAUCAGUAAAGGAAAUUCCAUCAACACCUAUGGAGAAUUUAUAUGAAAAAGAUCCAACUCAUGGUUUCCAAUAUAUUGAAAUUCCAUCAGCUAUAAAUCUAACAAAUCCAAUAUUGAAAAGACCACCAUUAACACCAGUCAAUACUCAAACAGAUUCAAAUUCAUUCCCAUCAUCAUAUCCAAGAUCUCAUUCACCAAGAAAAUCACAAUCUUAUUUAUUAAAUGUUGGUAUUGGUAUGAAUAAUUAUGGUUUUUUAGAUGCACCACCACCUCCAUAUCAUUAUUGA